GUAUACUAAUAUUUUGCAGUCGUUGUGACAUUGUGUGAAUAAACAGCAAGAAAGUUACGUCUAGUAAACUGCCAGUUUAUAAAAGUUUUAGGAUUUAUUUCUGCAGCAAUCGAAACGACAGUAAAGAAUUGAAAAUGCCGCGUGGAAGACCAAAAUCCAAGAACUCGUGCAAGGGUCGCGCCACAUUGAGGACUAUUGACCGGAAGCCAAUACGUCCUCUAGAGCGACAGCGCAUGCGCCCCUGGCUGAUGGACCUGCUGGACAAAAGGACAUGCCACCAACUCGUCUGGAUGAAUAAAAAAGACAAGACGUUCCGUGUCUCAUGGAAACAUGCAGCUGGUCAGACGUUCGAUCCUGCAGCAGAUGCCACCUUGUUUGAGCUGUGGGCAAGGCAUACAGGAAAGUACUACCCUGGAGAUCGUCCUGACCCCAAAAAGUGGAAGGCCAACUUCCGAUGUGCCUUGCAUAGUGUACCGGAUGUUGAGGAAGAUAAAUCACUCGGUGUUCGGCGUGGAAACAACGCCUAUAGGGUGUACAAAUUCCUGGAUGAAAAAAGAAUUAGAAAACCAAGCAUUAAGAAAGAAAAAGAUGAAAAGAGCUCUGACGAGGAUUCCGAGUUUGAAGAUUUUGCAGUUGUUAGGAAUCUCGGAACAAGGUCAAGGCCGAAGAAAAUCGAUGAGGACGAGUUCGAUAGUGAGGGAUCAGAGACUGGUUACAGUCCUUCCCAUGAGAGUAACCACUCAGACUGGGAUCUCACAACCGAGGAUUUAAGACGUCAGGAUCACGACACAGAAGCGGAGAGGUCGCCCCUUCCAAACUUCGAGGAAUUGUGUCAGUCCUGUCCAAACAGCUUUUCCAACAGAAUACCCAAAAAACAGAAACGAGUCCCUGAUAUCCCCACCCUGGAGACCAUGAACGCUGUACAAAACCUGCAAACAAUGGAAACUGAGAUAUAUACCCGGCAAGGUCCAGCAGUGACUGACCACACCUACACAGAGACAGAACAAUCCGAGGGGGAGCUAAUCCUUUUCUUGAAUUAUGAUACUGUAGACCAGGACAUGGCUGAGGAGUCAGACUACAUGGAGGGUUUCUGGAACUCUGUUAUUGACACAAGUCUUGAUGUACAAGAGGAAGUAGUUUCAUCAGGGGACUGUUUUGAUGGACCCAGUGUUAUAGUGAUGGAAGAGACAGAUAAAUCCUAUGACUAUGAAUACACAAGUUUGUCGCAGCUGUAGAACUAUACAAAGGCAACUGGAUCUGACUGGAGGAGAAUGGUUGUUACAAUGUACAUAGAUGUCUGAACUCCUUAAUCUGAACAGUCCGAGAUACGCGAGACAUGUCUCCGUGUCAACAGUGAUUUCGGCCGACAAUAUGUAUACCAGCACGGUAUUCUGCAGCCCGAUACUUUGUGACUAUCAUGUAUGACGACAUUUUGUGGUCAUCAUGUAUGUAAACACUCUGUGGCCAACAUGUGCAGAUUGUGUGCAAGCAAAUGGCCAACAUGUUGUUGUCUGUGAGAUAAUACACUCAUGAUGUGUCUGAAAGUGACACGACGGGAAAAUGUCCAGGUAGAGCAAGUGACGUUGAUUCAUACAGGAAGGAUAAAAUUGCUUGUAGUUCCUGGAAACUUGGAAAGCCAUGUUAAUAAACACAUACAAACAAAUAAGACAGAGACAAUAGUUCUUUUUCUUUGUUUUAGAAUAUUAAUGACCAGUAGAUAGCAAUGUUACUGGAAAAAUUGCAUUUGUUACAAGUGUACUUGAAAUUGAAACGGUUUUUUGUUGUUGACAAUUGUUGUACAUACUGUAAGAUACUGACUGAUUAGUGUUAGUUUAUCUAAGUUAAAGUAUGAAUACUUUGCAGAUUAUGAUUAGAUCUGUGCAAUAUGUAUGUGAUAUAGUCCUGAUCUUUUUGACAUUUCAUUUCAUAAUUAGAUGCAUUCAACAUUUUGUUUACUCUUUUUAUGAUAAUGUGGUUAUUGUUGAAUGGUGAUGUAACAUUAUAUAUAUUUUGAAAAUAAAAUUUAAAACGAA